GCAUAGAAUGAAGAAGCAGAAGGGCAAGCUUAGAAAUAAGCAGAGGAAUAAAUCCAUUGCUUGUCUGGAAGGUGACUUCCAUGAAAUACCAGCUCAUGGAAAAAUGUCAGGAAGGACCAAGAAACCUGAUAGUGGAAAAAAGCUUGCUCAUAAGUCAGAACUUGCUAACUAUUGGGAAACGAGCACAGGAGGGAAACCCUUUAAAUGUUUGGAGUGUGGAAAGAGAUUCAGUCAGAGAUAUUGCCUUACUUUACACCAAAGAAUUCACACAGGGAAGAAACCAUAUAAAUGUCUGGAGUGUGGAAAGAGCUUCAGUCAGAGUGGACAACUUACGCUACACUUAAGAACUCACACAGGGGAGAAACCUUUUAAAUGCCUCGAGUGUGGAAAGAGCUUCAGCAUGAGUGGUAUUCUUAACUCCCAUCAAAGAAUUCACACAGGGGAGAAGCCUUUUAAAUGUCUGGAAUGUGGGGCAUGCUUCCGUCAGAGUGGAGAUCUUACAGUACAUCGCAGAAUUCACACAGGGGAGAAACCAUUUAAAUGCCUGGAGUGUGGAAAGAGCUUCAGUCAGAGUGGACAACUUACGCUACACUUAAGAACUCACACAGGGGAGAAACCUUUUAAAUGCCUCGAGUGUGGAAAGAGCUUCAGCAUGCGUGUUAUCCUUAACUCCCAUCAAAGAAUUCACACAGGGGAGAAGCCUUUUAAAUGUCUGGAAUGUGGGGCAUGCUUCCGUCAGAGUGGAGAUCUUACAGUACAUCGCAGAAUUCACACAGGGGAGAAACCAUUUAAAUGCCUGGAGUGUGGGAAGAGAUUCAGUACGCGUAGUCACCUUAACUCCCAUCACAGAAUUCACACAGGGGAGAAACCUUUUAAAUGUCUGGAAUGUGGAAACUGCUUCAGUUCAAGGAGACAGCUUGCUUUGCAUUGCAGAAUUCACUCAAUGGAGAAACCAUUUACGUGUCUGGAGUGCGGAAAGGCAUUCAGUCAGAGUGGCAACCUGGCUUGCCAUCAAAGGAUUCAUACAGGGGAGAAGCCAUUUCAAUGCUUGGAGUGUGGAGAGAGCUUCCGAAGGAGUCACCACCUUACUUCUCAUCAAAGAACUCACACAGGGGAGAAGCCAUUUAAAUGCCUGGAUUGUGGGAAGAGCUUCAGUCGGCGUCAUGUACUUACUUCACAUCAAAGAAUGCACACAGGAGAGAAACCCUAUAAAUGCUUGGCAUGUGGAAAGAGCUUCUAUUGGAGUUCUGAUCUGACUAAACAUCGUCGAACCCACACAGGAGAGAAACCAUUUAAAUGUCUGGAAUGUGGGAAGAGCUUCAGUCAACGCUCAUCCCUUACUGUACACAAAAGAACUCACACAGUGGAGAAACCAUUUGAAUGCCUGGAGUGUGGGAAGAGCUUCAGUCUGAAGUGUCACCUUACUUCCCAUCAAAGAAUACACGCUGAAGAGAAACAGUAUAAAUGCCUGGAGUGUGGGAAGAGUUUCCGUUGGUCCGAGCAACUUUCUGUACACAAAAGAAGCCACACAGGAGAGAAACCGUUUAAAUGCCCGGAAUGUGGGAAGAACUUCAGUCAGAAGGGUCACCUUACUACCCAUCAAAAGAUCCACACUGGAGAGAAAUCGUUUAGAUGCCUGGAGUGCGGAAAGAGCUUCCGUCGGAGUCAUCACCUUACUUCCCACCAAAAAACUCACACUGGAGAUAAGCCAUUUAAAUGCAUGGAGUGUGGAAAAAGGUUCAGUUCUGGCCAACACCUUACUUCACAUCAUAGAAUCCACUUAGUGGAUUCUUUUAAAUGCCUGGAGUGUGGAAAGUGCUUCAGGAGAACUGUGCAGCUUACUUCACAUCAAAGAAGCCAUGCCAGGCCAACAGUUUAAAUUCUGUUCAUCUGUAAAGAACUUCUGAUGGAAACAUUGACUGACUCCACUUCAAAGAGCCCUGUUGGGAAGAAAUGAUCGAAACGCUGCUGAGAUACUAAAAUCUGUUCCCAUCAAAUAGGCCUUUGCUACAUCGCAGUAUAACGCUAUAAACCGGUAAACCCUGUCAAAGUUCUGGUUGCAGUAAGAGCUUUUGCAAUAUAAUCUAGGUGAGUUCAUACAGUGAAGCAACUA